CAAUCUCUCUCACUAGAUUUGAACUUGUUUAUGUUCCAAAAAAAUGCAGAGAUCGUGUGCGACGGUAGCCCGAUCUCUCAUAGGUACGCGAGGGUUUUGCACAUCCAACAGUGAUAAGAUCGUGGCCUCUGUUCUCUUCGAGCGACUCCCUGUCGUUGUUCCCAAAAUCGAUCCCGUUGUUUAUGCGUUUCAAGAAUUUAGGUUCCGUUGGAGACGGCAAUAUCGACGGGCAUAUCCAGAUGACUUCUUGAAAAACGGGGGCAAAGGUGAUUACCAAAUUGAUUAUGUACCAGCUCCUAGGGUCACUGAAGCUGACAAAACUAAUGAUAAAAGGUCAUUACAGAGGGCACUUGACAGAAGGCUCUAUCUUCUUCUCUAUGGUAAGACAGUUGUGGCUCCGGAUGCGAAGUCUGUGUGGCAUUUUCCAGAAAAAGUUUACAAGUCGGAGGAGACAUUGCGCAAGUGUGCGGAGUCUUCGUUAAAAUCUGUUAUAGGUGACCUUUCCAACACAUAUUUUGUCGGAAAUGCCCCAAUGGGCCACACGGUCAUACAGCCUACAGAGAAUGCACAAGAUCUUUUAUCUUGUAAGCUCUUCUUCUUCAAAUCUCAAGUGAAUGCAACCAACAAGUUUAAGAUCGGAAAGUGUGACAAUUAUGUUUGGGUGACGAAGGAUGAACUGCUGGAGUACUUUCCUGAGCAAGCUGACCUCCUUAACAAGAUGAUCAUCAGCUGAUGCUCUGUUUUUUUCUGCAAAUUUCCAAUAAGAUCUUUUAUGUGAAUCAUUGCUUGAUGUAUGAGUUUUCUACCAUUGGUAAAGAAUGUCCUAGUAUUCCACCAUCAUAGGAUCAAUUUUGUCUCUCUAAAAAGAGGGUUUAAGCCACUAGAACAGGAUUAGGGAAAGAAAAGCAUCUUGAAUUUUCCACGAUAGAGAACUAGUUUCAAUAGUUUUACCUCUUUGGAUUUUACAUCGUUUGUCUCACUUACGUUGCAAUUUCUUUUCAAUUUCGGAUGUUCUUAAAGGCUACCUUAGUUCUAUGAUAAUGAGAAUCUCAAUGGCCCUGUUUUGCUCUGAUUGAUGUUGGUUAUGUUGCAUUAAGGUUAAUGAUUUCUCUCCUUAGAGCUCCUUGUGGUAAAAGGUAUGGCAUUUAAAGUGCUUACCAACAAUUAAACAUUUUGUGUGCGCGUGUUCUUAAUAACACUAUUGCUUCCAAGGAAAAUCUCUUUUGGCACAAAUGUACUACAAGCCCCAUGUGUUCCAUUUGUCAUCUUGAAGUAGAAUCUAUCGAGCACAUUCUUUUUAGAUGUGAAUGCACCUCUAGUGUCUCAGAAAAUGUCGUUUGAAAUUUAAUUAUCCUUCUAACCAAGUUAUCUUGGAAAACUGUGGUUUGAAAUUUAAUUAUCCUUCUAAAGAAUCUCAAAGGGA